AUGUGUUUUCAUCAAACUCUCCCCCCCAAAAAAACUUGGGGACUUUGGUCAGCAGACGCUGAACAGGUGAAUGGCUGGAAAGCUAAGCCAGUUGAUACAGAAGUGCAUGUGCUUCUGCCUCACGAAGUGAUUCAUGCCCUCGCUGGUCGCAAUGCUUUUGACAGCCUACUGUUGGGGAAUUUGUCUGACGAUGCCCGGGUUGCUUUUUGGGACCACGUGGAGGACCUACCACCUUGGAAGCACCACCCUGUAUUGAAAUCGGGAGUUUCGAAGAAACGCUUGAUCGGGUGCAACAUACACGCCGAUGGAGUCCAAUUUUAUAGAGAAGACGAGUACUUCGUCUGGUCGUGGUCAAGUGUUUGGGGUGGCCAAGGGAUGGUGAAGGAUGUGCUCCUUUACAAGUGGCCUAUAGCUGUAAUUCCAGAGCGACACAUGAGGACCCCUCAAGUUCGAGCUGCUGUCAACACAAAGAUAGCCCAGCUGACGUCCUGGUCAAUGGACAUAGCUGCUCGCGGUACCGGACCUCUGAGAGGCUUCAUGGGUGAAAGCUUGGCUGGCACCCCGAGGGAGCACCUGAUGGGGGCAGAACUUGCCCUUGGUUGGAGGGCUUGCUACUUUGCCUUCAAGGGGGAUCUGAAGGCAAGGAAGGAGGUUCAUGAGUUGCCACGAUACUACCGAUGCAACCAGUUUUGCGAUCGUUGCUUGGCAACGCAGGGCACUAAGUGCCCGCGCAGCAUGGACUAUCGAAACAUCGCAAGCGAUGCAGCCUGGCCCAUGACGGCAAUCUCGCAUGAAACCUACAUGGCUUUAGAUCACGCCUCUUUGAGUCCUUGGAGAUGCAUGCCCGGGUUCAAUUUUUUGUCCAUUACCUAUGACUUCACGCACAACUUCUUUUUGGGCACAGCUCGAGACCUAUGCGCAAGUUCCAUCAAGGUCUUCAUCGAUAAUGGCCUAGUUGGUGACCCAAGAACAAAGGGAAUGGGUGAGCUUCUAUGUCUUGUCCACCGCCGGAUGAGAUCAAUGUGUCGUGAACAUGGGCUAUCGCUUCCGUGCAAGCCUAACCUCACAUUGGCAAAUAUUGGAGGGGAAGAUGGAUAUUUCACCAUGGGCAGCAGGUGGAAAGCAUCUCACAUCAAGCUCUUCGUCUGGUGGGUCGCAAAAGAAUCAGACUUUUUGGGACCCACCUCCCAUCAGGAUCCGUUGCUGCAUGUUCUAGCAGCGUGCGCCUUCGGACUCCAAAGGAGUUGUGAGGUCAUGGACCUGGCAGGCGUUGUCUUGACAGAAAUGGAAGCCGGAGAGGUGCACGAGUGUCUCUCAGUUCACCUUCGAGCUUACUUCUGGUUGGCGGCUUUCUUCUAUCAAAG